AUGCCGGGAAAAUCAGUCAAAACGGCGGCUGACUUCGCAGAGGCAAUCCAGAAGAAGAAUUUUGAACAGCUUCAACUUAUUCCUGUCGAAUGGCGAAUUCCCGAAGACAAGCUCCCCAGCAAGGAACAAGUCCAAGUAAUUAAUUUCACUGCGGAAUGCGGAAUACUUAGUAAGGAAGAGCUUGAAAUUGUGUGCAAAGAUACCAGUGAGCUGUUGAGCGAAUUAGCGGGCGGAAAUAUUACUUGUUUGGCUGUCACCACGGCGUUUUGCAAAGCAGCGGCAAUUGCUCACCAGCUUACAAACUGCCUGACUGAGAUAUUCUUUACCCAAGCUCUUCAUAGAGCGAAGGAACUCGAUAAUGUCUUUGCAAAAACUGGCAAGCCAACUGGUGCCCUCUUCGGCUUGCCCAUAUCUUUAAAGGACCAAUUUCAAAUCAAAGGCACAGAAUGCAAUAUGGGGACUGUUUCCUGGAUUGGACACAUUUCCGAGGAAAACGCAGUCCUCGUCGACAUUCUCCAGGAUGCCGGGGCUAUUCUUCCGUUCAGGAUAAACGUCUCGCAAUCGCUGAUGUUCCCCGAGGCGGAUAAUUAUGUUUAUGGAAGGUCCGACAAUCCAUUUAAUAGAACUUUGACUUGUGGCGGUUCAAGCGGCGGAGAGGGCGUUGUGGUAUCAAUGCAUGGAAGUGCAAUCGGUGUUGGCACUGAUCUUGGCGGUUCCGUUCGCGUCCCAGCGGCAUACAACGGCCUCUAUGGUCUUCGCCCAACCUCCAAUCGCCUCCCAUAUGCUGGAGCACGAAACUCUCUACUCGGUUUUGAAGGCGUUGCCCCCACACUCGGUCCCAUUUCAAACUCUCUGUCCGGGGUCUACGCAUUCGUAAAAGCAGUCUUAGAUGCCAAGCCAUGGUUGCUCGACUCUAGAACCCCUGAGAUACCAUGGAGACAAGAAAUGGCAAGCCUGCAUCACUUGAGGAAUGCAGAUGGCACACCAAGAAAGCCGGUUUACGGAAUUAUGAGGUGGGAUAAGUAUGUUAUGCCUUGGCCACCUGUACGAAGAGCUAUCGAGAUGACCGUUUCUGCUCUUGCCAAAGCUGGAUAUGAAGUCGUCGACUUCGAACCCCCUUUUGAUAGCCAAGAAGCGGAAAAGGUCGUUAUGGGAAUAUUCUCUUCUGACGGUGGCGAAGAUCUCAGACGCACCCUCGCUCCAUCAGGAGAGCCCCGUCACCCUAUGAUGGUCACUGGUGAAAGCGACCUGCCCAUCAGCGUAUAUGAGAGCUGGCAGUUGAACGUGGAAAAAAAUAGAGUUCAAGAUGCAUGGCUCAAAGCCUGGAAUGCUACAGCGAAGCUUUCAAGCAUAGGGCAACCAAUUGACGGGUUGAUUCUACCCCCUUGUGCGCAUGUCGCGCAUAAGCAUGGGAAGUGGCCGAAACAUACCAUCUAUACAAGCCUCUUUAAUCUGAUAGAUUAUCCAGCCAUGGUCAUCCCCGUUCAUUCAGCUGUCGAUCCUGAACUCGAUCCCAUCGAUAAAGAAUUCAAACCUGCUAGUGCUAGGGAUGCCGAGAUUCAAGCUAUGUAUUCUCCCAAGGAGUACGCUGGCGCCCCAAUUGCGGUGCAGCUUGUCUGUCGACGAUUUAGAGAAGAGGAGUGCAUUGGAUUGACAGGCAUUAUUACCGAUGCGCUGAAAUACGCAUGA